UGAGGACAUCGUGUCCAUAAAGAUCUGGCCAGAGAAAUAAGAAGCCCUGAAGUGCAGCCGCUGACUAGACCUGAUAGAAAAAGGGAUCACUGAGAUAUCACUAUGUCAGAUGACGGAGAAAAUGCCACCACACCGAACUACUAUAACUACGAUUAUUCAGCUUAUUAUGGUGAACUCGUUCCAGACUUCACUCCUUGCAGCAAUGCCGAUGUGAAGGAGUUUGGCAAAGUGUUUUUGCCCACCCUCUACAGUUUGGUUUUCAUCCUCGGCUUUAUAGGUAAUGGCCUGGUGGUGUGUGUCCUGGUGAAGCACAGCAAACAGACCAACUUUACAGACAUCUGCUUCUUCAACCUGGCUCUCUCUGACCUCCUCUUCGUCCUCACGCUGCCUUUCUACUCUCACUACUCUGUGGUCAGUCAGUGGACUUUCGGAAACUUCAUGUGCCGUUUCGCCACUGGCUCCCACACAACUGGGUUCUACAGCAGCAUCUUCUUCAUGGUUGUCAUGACGCUGGACCGCUACAUGGUCAUCCUGCACACAUACAAGGUGUCACACUAUCGCAGUCUGAGGGCAGGCGUUGCUGUGACCUUGUUGGUCUGGAUGCUGAGCUUUUGUGUCUCUCUGCCAGAUAUCAUCUUCACAAAGGUGAAGAAUGAGUCUUUCGGGUUGGCUUGCAUAUACAGCCCUGAAAAUUAUGCCUGGAGGAAUUAUAACAUCUUCUCAAUAAAUGUGCUCGGUCUGGUGAUCCCCUUGUUGGUGAUGAUAGUUUGCUACGGCAGGAUCAUCCCCAUAAUAAUGAACAUGAAGACUGCGAAGAAGCAUCGUGUUGUUAAGGUGAUCAUCACCAUUGUGGUCAUCUUUUUUUUGUUCUGGACCCCAUAUAACAUUUCUCUCUUCUUGGGGUUUCUGAAAUCUGAAGGUAUAUUGAAGAGCAACUGCAACCUGGAAGCAAAUUUAAGACUUGCAGCAACAGUAACUGAGACGUUUGCUUACAGUCACUGCUGCCUGAACCCCAUCAUAUACGCCUUUGUGGGACAAAAGUUCAUGAAACGAGCCCUGCAUCUGCUGAGGAAAUGGGUGCCUGGGAUUAACCUUGUGUCCACCAGAGAUUUUUCAGAUAGCUCAUACAGAAAAAGCUCAGUUAUGACUAGGUCCUCUAAUGCCAGCUCCACUGUGAUCAUGUAAGAGGUGAAGUGCAGAUUAAUGUUGUAUAUGUUGUGCUUUAUGGAGAUCACUUGCAGAUUUGACAUGUUUUUAUCCAGGCAAACUUAUUACUGCUACCACUGCUAAUCAGAUUAUCAAGCAGCAUAUUGUUUUGUCACUUCCUUUUUCAACCUAUGACAGUGUUAUUCAAUAUCAAUGUCUAUCUUAAAAAUUUGCCUGUACCUCUAUAUAUCAUUAUCUGUAGACCUUAUUGAUUUUAUUUGCACUUUGAAUUUACACUGUAAUGUUUAGUUUUGACUAGAGCUGCACAAUAAUAUAGUUUUUUAUUUUGUUUUUUAAAGUGUCAUUGUGAUAUCAACGUGUGAUAAACACAUUUGGAAAUAUCAGACUCUAAAAACAGUAACAUAUUGAUACUAUCUGUGUGAAGGCCUAUUUUGUAUGAUAUGCGCAAUGCUGUUAACUCCCUAGCCAGUCAGAGUCCUUGUCUGAUUCCGCAUGCACACGAGUGAGGUUUGCUGCCUCACUACUCUGCAUGGAUGAAGGAGGAAAGUGUGACAAGAUGAGUGCAAGCAAAAGUGCAAGCGCAGAAAGGAACCAAUGCCUAAAAACUAGCACAUAGCCCAGAGUCCUGCAUCAGGUGACUGACAAAAAAAGGUGAUUCACAGAUGGCAUUUUGUCUUAAUUUAUUUCUGGUUGGGAUCUGGGUGUAAAAAUGAACUUGUAGGCUGGGUAGCAGGUGUCCAAUAACAAAGAGCCUAUAUCAAAAUAAAUAUGAAUAAUUGUAAUUUCAUUCAAUGUUUUAACACUUUCUCUCUCUGACUGCUGAUCAAGCGGCAACCUCCUGAAUUGAAAAAUGAAGCCAACACGGGAGUGCCACAAAUUGCAGUUCUUUGACCGGCCAAUAGAGGCUUGAGGCUCCAGAAGUGAGUCCAUCCCCAAAGUAACCCAUGUAAAAAUGUCCAAGUGAAUUUCAUUCACAUCAUAUGAAGACUUAUUCAAAAUUAGUGGCAGACUAGUUUGAGUGACAGGUUAGGCUCUCUAUAGAUAGUGUCUUCUGGCUCUCAGUCACAUCAGCCAUCUGGACAAUAUUUUGGAUACAGGAGAGACGACGAGGCAAAAGUACAGCUACUGUGCAGCUCAAGUACUGAGUGCAUGUAUCUGCAUAUUGCAAAUAUUGUUAUCACAAUAUUCAAUAAUGUUACUACAUAUAAUAUUGUGCAGCCCUAGUUUUGACCAUAAGAUGUCUGUUAUCUGAGGAGUACCAUCAUCUUCUAUAUGAUCUCAGGUAUUUGCUAAAUUCUUUGCAAUGCUCUUCCUUUUCCUGCUGAGCAACACUGACCGAAACUAUGAGCGUCUUGUUUACAUCAGCCUGUAACCACAAUGUUUGUUUCCCCUUGCCUGAUGUGUUGAAACUUUUACACUUUAGCUGAUGAGCCUGCAAUUUGGAGAAAAACAUUCAUACUAUAUGGAAAAGCUACCAUUUAGAAGAAACAUAAUACUUUUACAAGAUGAAAUUGGGGUAUUUUCCACUUUCCUGAGGAAAAAGUUGUUCAUUCAAAUGUCAAAGAUAAAUCAAAGCCACAAAGUUGAGGAAACAGGUUAUUCGUCACCUUUAGCACUUUCAGCCGUCAAUCUUGGGUAUAAAUCUGUUGAUAUGGAACAAAGUUUGGCUCAUCAUGCACGCCUGGAAUUUUUCAUAUAUUUUCUUGAUAUUGUUGUAUGCCUAACAAUUGUACAUAUGUACAGUAUAUUGCAAGUUUGCAUUUUUCUAGAGUUUUCAUAUUGGAUGUAUUCUUUUUUUCUCUGUUAUUUUACUGCCAUUUCAGAUGUUACUUAAAACACAAAAUAUAUACUGUCAAUUUAUUCCCAUAUAUCAACUUAAUGAUCAAUGCUCUUGUUUAAGCUUUUGUGUGCAUGUUCAUGUUGUGAUUUGUUGUUAUGGUUUAGUUUUCCUGCGGCGAUUAUUAAAGUUUUACAUGUCAAAUAAUAAGAAUACCAAUGAUAUGUCAUAUAGUGCUUUUCUGAGGACACAGAAUCCACAGCACAACCUGUGUUCAUUCAAGAUAAAUCUCAUUUUAUGCACCUUGGGUUCUUUAAUUGUCUAUGUGACUGUGACCUUAUAAAGAUAUUAAAAUUUACUGCACAGUUAAGUUUUGGGGGUUUUUUGUUGGCGAUUACUUUUCACAUGCUGUAAAUUUUUCAUGUUCAACUUUGUCUUAUUGUAACUUUUUUUAAGUGAGGUUGAAUGAGACACCUCUACCUUUACCACUGCCUAGAUCAGUUGUGUUAU